AAUAUUCAUUCCUGUAUGUAGGUAUUUCUGUGUUGAUUGUCUUAUUUGUCAUUCAUGUAUUUUCUUCUUGCGUCGUGUUAUGUUUUUGAUUUAAUCAUUUGAUUGUUUGGUAAAAAAUAAAGUUUUCAAAUAAAUUAAUAAAGUGGUCAAGGUUAUAAUUUAUGAAAAAUGGUAACGUGCACCCUGGAGACCCCGCGUGACAAAGCUAUGAGGCUCGUGCGCGAAAAGGACAAAAUUGAACAAGAAAUUGCAGAGUGGAAUGCCGUAUUGAAUGCAAAUAAUAUUGGGAUGAGGGAGCCAUUGGUCGAUAGUGAAGGAUUCCCGCGCAAUGAUAUAGAUGUGGCGAGGGUUCGGCAUGCGAGACACAGAAUUAUAUGCUUACAAAAUGACCACAAAGACAAAAUGAAGGAGAUUGAGGUAGCGUUGGAUGAGUUUUAUGCAGGUGGGAGGGCUGAUGGAGCUGGACCGUCAAACAUGAACGUUCACCAACCAAAUGCAAAUGGUCACGUGCCCAAUGGGCACAUACCAAAUGGCCAUGGCAGCAAUGGAUAUCUACCAAAUGGCCAUGCAAGCAAUGGGGUCGCAAAUGGUGAAGCACACCAGCCCCCACCGCGAAAUGAAGCGUCGAUUGAACAGCAGGUCACACCGAUUGCAUUAGUCGUCAAUGUUUGCGAGGGCUCACCCGCUGAUUUGGCCGGCUUAAGAAGCGACGACGCGAUCAUACAAUUCGGGUCACUGAACUCCAGGAAUACGGAAGAGCCGUCUCUGGCACCCAUGGAAGAACUCGUCACCCAUUCAAUCGGCCGUCGAAUACAAGUGAAGGUCAAGAGAGGUAAUUCCGUAUUGAACUUGGUGGUCGUGCCGCGGCCGUGGCAAUCGGAUGACAACAGGCAGUCGCUGCUCGGCGCUAAUUUGAGGCGAAUAACAAAUUAAUAAUUUAAUAUUGUUCAUAACCGCGAAUACUCAACGUUACCUGUUUGGAGGGCAAGCCGAAGUGUGGCAACAUUGCAUUUAUCUGUCAAUUUUUAAAUAUAUAAUGUUUCUGAAUUUAUUUAAUUGUCACUUUUUUAAAAAAGUGAUUUGAUAGCGAACUAAGGCACAACAACAACUUUGUGUGUGACUUCUAAUGCCUGGGUUUUAAAAUGUUUUCGAAUUCGACAAAACAUGGUGUAUUGCCUAAAAAAGAUUUUAAAAUGAUGGGAAGUAAUAGGAAUGAUGAAUUGAUAAGAAUGUUAAUUUUUCUAACGCAAUUCGCGUGCAAAAAUAUUUAUUGUUUUCACACGAAAUUUUUUGUUAAUGUCCUAUGCAUUACCCGUCGAGGGUUAAGAGAUUAAGAUAAAUAAAUAUUUAAUAAUUAAUAUAAUUAAUUGUUAUAACCUAAUUCGUAUUUUGCUUUGAACAAAUACUUUUUUCUGUAUUCAGAAUAAGAGUUUUGCGUAGGUUUUUUUUUUUUAGUGUAAUAACACUUGAAUUUUUUAUAUAUCAUUGUAUAUUUUUUUGUUUUUGCUGCUGUAAAGAGUUAAAGAAUUAUUUAUUAUGCAAUAAUUAUAAUUAAUUAAUAUUGCAUGAUUGAUAUUUUAGUUUGCUAUCGAAAUACUUUUUAAAAAUAAAAAAUAUUGGAAAAUUGUUUUUGAAAAUUAAACAUUAGUUCCGGUGUUGCCACACUUUGCAAGCUUCGGUAUAAACGUUUUUGAAUUCGGAACAAACAUCAUUUUAUACAAAACAAUGUGCUUCAACUUUGCCACGUGUCUGUACUGCAAAAAGCGUUCUAGGAUGUGAUUAAACAGUAACGGUUAUUUACAUAGAAUUAAGGACAGUUUAAAAUCGCGAAUGUUUGUAAUAUAUAAAAAAAUAAAACUCCAAAAAUGUUUAUAUUUAUGUAUAUAAAAGUAACAAAUAGUAUGAUUAGUAAGGAGUUAGAAUUCGCAGUUCAUGUUAAGUUAUUUAUAUUUAAAUAAAGAAAAUCAAAAUUGUUUUGAAAAUUUACUGGUGAUUGAUGUGCCAUCACGAUGAUUGAUGGCACUUAAUGGAUUAAUAAGAAAAAGGUCAGGAAGUUUUUAUAAUUGUUUGUAGCAGAUUACAUGUGAUUUUUGCAUAAUUUCAUUAUUGAAUCUGUAUUUGUGAUAUAAAAAUCUAAAUUACAAUUGCUCAGUUUCUUACAACAACUUAAUUUUUGUAACUUGAAUACAUAUUUAAAAAUAAAUUUUAUGAUUUAUAA